UUCACUACCAGGGUCUGCCUCAGAUAUCUUCACUACCAGGGUCUGCCUCAGAUAUCUUCACUACCAGGGUCUGCCUCAGAUAUCUUCACUACCAGGGUCUGCCUCAGAUAUCUUCACUACCAGGGUCUGCCUCAGAUAUCUUCACUACCAGGGUCUGCCUCAGAUAUCUUCACUACCAGGGUCUGCCUCAGAUAUCUUCACUACCAGGGUCUGCCUCAGAUAUCUUCACUACCAGGGUCUACCUAAAAUAUCUCCCAUCAUAUUUAUUUGGCUUUUUGUUUGGGAAAGAAGAGUUCAGUGCUUGUGGUUUAACGCUCUCUACUUGGUCCUCAAGAAGUGGACCCUAUUUGAACCAACUAAAUCGGUCUGUGAUUGGCUGUUUCUCAGUAAGGGUGUUCUGUACUGUACUGUGCCUCAGAGGCUAAACAGACAUGUACAAAAGCAGUUACUCCCAGGCCAAGUUUGGCUUGGAGGCCAGGAGGAAGAUCCAGAAGCCCAGAGGGAAGAGCUGUGGCUACUACAUGAGGGUUGUCUUCUUCUUCUCCUCUCUGAUCCAGUCACUCAUCAUCGUCAGCCUGGUGCUCUUCCUGGUCUACGGGAGCUCCCCAGAUGCGGCGGCCGAGAGCCGGGUCAAGGACCUGGAGAAGAGCUUCAACCACCUCUCCAUUGACAACAUCAACCUCCGGCAGCAGGGAAAGAACCUGAUGAAGCUCCUGAAUGCCACCCUGACUGACAAGAUGCGCAACGACAAAUAUAUGAUGAGUCUGCGUCAGGUGGCAAACGGGUCUGGCAUGUUCAUCGCCAAUCUCAAAGGACUAGUGACUCAGUGUGAAAAUGAUAAGGGAAGAUGUCAGAUUCAACUUAGAAUGAGCCAAUGCUUCAGGGCCAUGCCCCCAAAUGAAAACCAGGUCCAGCAGCUGGAACGGUUGCUAAAGCUAGUGAGCUCCAACUUCAGUCAGACGGUGCAGUUCAUGAGGAUGGAGAUGGAGAACACAGUCAUGGAUCGGGACACCCUGACCCUGGAGGCCAUCUCCCUCCGGAGGGACAAGACCUUCCUGCAGAGACAACUGGAGGGCUACAGGAAGAAGUGCAAGGAGGACUUUGUCCAAUCCCUGGCUGGCAUCUCCGACGUCUCUAAAGCCUUCCUGUUGAAGAUCGACAACCUUCUGCCCAAUGUCAGCCCCUUCCUGCUCACCUGCGAGAAGCAGCUCCACCACCUGGACCAGAUCCGCAACAACUGCACCGGUCUGUCCCGCGAGGUGGAGAACAAGUUCCAGCAAUACCUGAACAAGGUCGGCUCUCAGAUGUCAGAGAUUGAGGGUUGCAGUGCCAGGCUGCAGGCAGAUAAAGACCAGCUGAAGGAGGUCUACAACUGGUGCAGCUACAACCGCAGUGCCAUGGCCCUGGAGCACCGCGAGAAGCUUCAGAAGACCCAGGAGAAAUACGACCGAGAGACGGAGAGGCUGCUGAUGGAUAGCAGAAGGCUGCAGGGGGACAAGGAGCUACAGGAGACGGUGAUGAAGGUGAAGGAGGGCGAGAUCGGCAUUCUCAAGGACAAGAUGAAUAACCUCAACACCUCACUGGUUAACUGUGGCUCCAGGACCGGAAUGGGUAACCCAGGAAUGUCCGAAGCAAAUCAGACUGGACCCUGGAGUAGCAGGCAUGGGAUGGGUUACCCUGGCUCAACUGGGAAUGGAUUUGGCAGGGCAGGGUCAAGCUCAAGAGGGUUUGAGUCCACUGGGAUGGGUUCAAAUCCAUUCGGGAGUGCAGGGGCAGGUGAGACAGGGACAGGAAACAAGCCAGGCUCAACUAACCAAUUUGGUAAUACAGGAAUGGGAAGGACAGGGUCAAGUUCAAGUUCUACUGCAUUGGGAUCGUUAGGGCCAGAAAAAGUGUGGGCAGGUCGAACAGGGACAGGUGCGACAGGAGAGUUGGGUGCAAUGGGUUACGCAGGGAUGGGUGAGGCAGGGUCGAGUGCAACAGGGCAGGGCAACAGGGGGCCAACCAAAAUGGGUUUGGAGGCUACAGGUGGGUGGGGUAACACAGGGAUGGGCGGGGAAGGGUCUAGUGUAACAGGGCAAGGUAAAAGGGGGUCAACCGCUGGAACAGAAUUGGGUGCUGGAACUGGUGGGUGGGGUGCUCCUGCAACAGGAAACGGCAACACAGGACUGGGUAGGUCCGGGUCAAGUGCUUCGUCAUCAUCAGGCGCCACAAGGAUGAACGGUUCAGGAAUGGACGGCUCGAAAGUUUUAGCACAUAUCAAUCAACACUUACGAGAACUGCAGCAGUAUUCUAAUGCCGACUCCGGCUCAGAAGUCUCUGGGUAAUCCAUGAGGAAAAUGGAGGAAAACCUAUAAAACCCCGUCUCCUCAUAUUGAGUUCUGGUUUGUCAAUAUACAGUACCAGUCCAAAGUUCACCUACUCAUUCCAGGGGUUUUCUUUAUUAAUGACUAUUUUCUAUGUUGUAGAAUAAUAGUGAAGACAUCGAACUAUGAAAUAACACAUAUAGAAUCAUGUAGUAACCAAUUUUUUUAACUAAUCUGUUUUCAAUGUACUGUAUAUACUUUUAUUAAAAACUAAGGAGUA